AUGUUUCUUAAUUGGUUCAUUUUAUUACCAGAUUUUCAGAGAGAACUCCAGACCUCAAGUGCAAACUCAACUGAAGAUCAAAAUGUCAAUCAUCCUAUGCAGCAAAGAGCAGAGCAUAAUUCUACAGAUACAGAUGGACCGAUUUCUUUCGAAACUCAAAUAAGGAACAAACUCGUUGGUCGCUGCAUAAGAGUGUAUGUCAAAAACAUGACUGCUCCACAUCCAGCAAGAUGCCUUAGACAAAUUGACAGAAAGCACGUGGAUUCAUUGAAAGCCGCUUUCAGGAAAAGACCGGAGAACAAUAUAAUCUUCUUUGGCAAUAUUCUCAAGGAUGAUUUCGAUAUCCGUUUAUUAGGAACCAGUGGAUAUGUUAACGUCGAAACAAUUGGUGGAAAUCACUCCAGGGUAGCACUUCAGGAACUUUUAGAAGAAGGGAUCAACAUGUCCCCUACAGUGUACAUGACAAUAUACAAAGGCUUAUGCGAUACAGAAGCUCUCAAGCUUGGGUUUGACCAUAAUGUCGGCCAUGAGUUGGGGAGACCCACAUCACCAGAAGAGCUAAUGCUGUUGUUUAGACGUGAGCCUCUAAAACUUAUCGAUGAAGAGGAAUUAAAUAAUCCACAGAACUCAAGUAUGAAAACAUGGAAACAAACAUGUGCAGACAUCCUGGGUAUUACCAAAACAAAACUACACAAUGUAUACCAUUGUAUGUUAUCGAUUGCCACUGCAUCCGCGUCAUGCUGGGACCGGAUUAUUGAUUUCAUGUUUCUUUGGAAAGAAGAAAAAAUUCGAAGAAAACCAAAAGGUGAUAUUAAGAAGACGCAUUUUACCAAAAUGAGUGCAGUAUCAGAAGAAAUGAGGAUAACAUUACUGACUGAGUUGAACGACGGGGACAUCGAUUGGGUUCAAUUCAACAGCAAAUGUUCUCAAGAAGCAAAGAAGUAA